UUAUGCAUUUGAUGAGGAGGUCAGGAAGCAAUUCGACUCGACGCGGCAUCCCAUUCCCUCCUCCGACAGCUCAGCUCAAGAUCACCUUCUCUUCCCUGCAGCUGCAGUCCAGCAGCAGGAUCCAGAUCCCGAGGGGCCAUGGCCACCGCCUUCGACUCCCCCACCUCCUCCCCCGCCGCCGCGCCCUUCCAUGACGACGCCUUCCUCCACUUGGACGGCUCGGCCGCCGCAGCCGACGCCUUCCCGGCCUCCCCGGACCCCUACGCGCCCUCGCCCUUCGGCAUGCCCCAGGCCAACGGCGGCCUCCACGACGAUCCCUUCGCCGACUCCGACGGUGGGCCCAUCCUCCCGCCGCCCACCGAGAUGGGUCGCGAGGAGGGAUUCCUGCUCCGCGAGUGGCGCCGUCAAAAUGCAAUCCUCCUCGAGGAAAAGGAAAAGAAGGAGAAGGAGCUGAGGAGCCAAAUCAUCCUUGACGCUGAAGAAUUUAAGAAAGCUUUUGUCGAGAAGCGGAAGCUCAAUGUUGAGACAAGCAAGGGCCAAAACCGUGACAGGGAGAAGCUUUUCCUAGCGAACCAGGAGAAGUUCCAUGCUGGUGCGGAUAAGCAGUACUGGAAGGCGAUAUCAGAACUUAUCCCACACGAGAUUGCCAACAUCGAGAAGAGAGGGGCGAGGAAAGAUAAGGAGAAGGAGAAGAAGCCUGGGAUCGUGGUGAUCCAGGGCCCAAAGCCUGGGAAGCCGACGGACAUGUCACGGAUGCGGCAGAUAUUGCUGAAGCUGAAGCACACUCCUCCGCCACACAUGAAGCCGCCUCCGCCACCUGCAGCAGCUGCUGGGAAGGACGGUGCCCCGGCUGCCGCUGCAAAGGAUGGAGCUAAGCCAGCAGCACCUGCCAACGGAAGUGUUCCAGAGAUGGAGAAGGCCGCGGCAGCGGCGCCUGCACCAGCAACUGAACCUAUCGCGGCUGCCUAAGCUAAUUGUUUGCGGUAGGAGGAUAGAGUUGUUGCAGAGGAGGUGGUGUUGGUGAAACUGAAAGCUCAUCUGAAUAGCCGCCGGCAUGGCGGAGGCACCUACUGUGUAUUUUGUUAAGGCACCUUUGAUUCAUUACAUUAUUAUUACAAUAUUGUUAUUGCAUUUUGUAGAGAGGUGGGAUGUGCAUUCUGGUACUAAUAAGGUAAAUGAGGCUGUAGUAGGAGGAUGUGUGGCUAUGGUUUCGUCUUCCAAGUGUUUGGGAUUUUCCUUUGUUCAAAUUGGUUGUAUUAUUACGUGACUAUAAAUCUGCUGCAUAUAUAUAUCAUUGGUGUUUCAUCUAUCUUUAUAUAUAUAUAUUCUUAUUUCUCAAGCCUGUCAGUCAGUCUUGCUUUGAUCUGUCCGUGCUGCACAUUUCCUGAUUUUUGCAUACGUAUCUUGCUCCAAGUCUAAUUUUGACAAUGGAUGAUACAUACAUACACACAUGGAUUCCAUAAAAGAAGUCAUUGAUCUUUCUGAUGCAUUUUUUUUCUUAAAGAUUUGCUACAAGCAUCGACUACAAACAGAUGAAAAGAGAGAGAGAGAGAAAAAAAGAGAAAUGUUCAGUGGUUGCAAAUGGCAGUUGCUGCUUGUGAUGAUAUCGGUAGUGUCUCUCCUGGGCCUGGCGGCAAAACAAGGGCAAGGAUAGGAAGGAAAGGUCUGGCUGUGCAUGUGCUGUGCGUGCAAUAGCAUAGGAAGAGGAAUAGGAUGGCUCCUCUUCCUCCUUGCUGCUGCUCCUCCAGGAGCCGCCUCCUCCUCCUUACCAUCCCCACUCCGCCGUCAUCUCCGCCGGGGAGGAGGAGGCCCCCACCUCGCCUCAUCAGCUCCUGCUGCUGCUCCUCCUCGUCGUCGUACAACGGCUGGUCCGACCUCGCCGCGGCGCCCGACCUUCCCCUCUUCUCCCUCCCGCUACAGGCACAGCCCACCACCCAUCGGCAUGGCCUUCUCUUCCUCUUCCUCCCCGCCGCCGCGGCAGGGGCAGCCCUCGCCCUCUCCCUCUCCCUCUCCCGCCUUCCUCCCCUCCCCCUCCUCGCCGCCGCCUUCACCGCUGGAUUCGCAGCUAGGCACCUCUCCUCCCCGCCCCCGCAAUCGAAUCCCGCCCUCCUCGCCCAUCUCGACGCGCAGCUCUCCGCCCUGAGGGGCCACUUGCUUUCUGAAGCCGACCCGGGCUUCCUCGUCCAGGCCGUGGAUCGCCUGCGGGAUGCGGUCGCCGACGCAGCCAGAUUGGCCGAUACCACCCGCGCCGUCUCCGAUGCGCUCCCACCCGUGCUCGGGGCCCUCCGAGAGGUCGGGGACUGCCUCGGUGCCUGGGCUCGCCACGCCGUGCGGGAUCUCAGCCUCAGCUCGCCAAGGAGGAAGCAGCCUGCUACUAAUAACAACACCAACAAUGCACAUGUGUCGUCCAAGGCCAACCAGCAACCACAAAGUAUUGCAAGUGGCAUGCUGCAGUUUGACGAGGAUGACAGUGGACUCAAGGCGGAGCUGGGAGAUCCUGGAUUGGAGAGGCUAGUGUUCAAGCACAGACAUGGCCGUGACCGUGUGCAGGACGAUCCAUUCCAUUUCCAAGCUGCUUCCAGCAAGUUUUCCACCGAAUCCAUCCAGUCAUCUCUUCUUGAGAGGACGCUUGAAAUUCGGGACAGGUCCUACAGGUUCAAGAUUGAGCGCCGUGACACUGCUAGUAGCCAAGUGGAUGAAGCACACGACAGGGCUGCAGAUGAACACCUUGUUGAUAAUGCUGCUGCUUUGGAUCCUGCCUAUGAUGGAAGUGCCGCUGCCGAUUCGGACAGCGAGGAGUUCAGCCGUAACCUCAAGGAGGCUGCACACAUCUUGAGGAAGGCCAGGGAAUCCAUGGUGGCCAUGGCUGAUGAAGAGACUGCAGACGCGCUGCUGUACAAAUCAGCUAGGCUCCUUUCCACGGCUGCAGCUUUGAGGCCAAAUAGUCUGGUAGCAGUGGGUCAGCUUGGGAACACCUACCUCCUCCACGGAGAGCUCAAGCUCAAGAUUAGUCGCGAGCUCAGAACCCUCUUGGCCAACAGCGGGGCUUUUCUGAAUGGAAGAGAGCGUGUUUCGCGAUCCAGGAAGGUAGAUAGCAGAAUCUUAAGCAGAGAGAGCGUUUCAUCAGCCCUUGUCGAUGUAUGUGAAGAGUGCGAAAGCCUCCUUGUUGAGGCUGGCAGAAGCUACAGGAUGGCCCUCUCGAUUGAUUCUGGAGAUGUCAAGGCGUUGUACAACUGGGGGCUGGCACUUAUCUUCCGAGCGCAGUUACUUGCUGAUAUCGGACCGGAAGCGGCAGUUGAUGCUGACCAGGUGUAUCUGGCUGCAAUUGAUAAGUUUGAUGCCAUGCUGUCGAGAAGCAACACUUAUGCUCCAGAAGCUCUCUACAGAUGGGGCACCACACUGCAGCAGCGAUCUCAUCUGCGGCCUCGGAACAACAGGGAGAAGAUAAGGCUUCUGGAGCAGGCGAAGAGCUUGUUUCAAGACGUGCUGUAUGUGGAAGCAGAUAACAAGAUGGUGAGGGAGGCGCUGUCAUCAUGCAUAUCAGAGCUCAACUACCAUGGCCGAUGGUUAUAGCCUGUUGUUUGCUCUGCAGGGCAGUUACCUACCUAUCAGGAAUUCAGGAUUGCUGAAGCUCUAGGAUGAUGGGAUUUACGAUUUACAGGACAGGAGCAUGUGUCUCUGUUUUUAACAAGCGAAGCGAGGAAGAGAUGCAUGAGCCAAAUUAGUUAGUAAUAGUUGAUAAAAUACAAUGCAACAGGAUUGUUUGCAUGGCUGAACCGAAUAGUACAAUGAAUAAAAACCACGGUCAAUUUUGAGUUGAAAGAUGCACACGUGAUGUAAUUUUGCCCCUUUUUAGUUAAAACGGGUUACACUAGA